AUACAUGAUGAAGACAUUGACCUGCUGAGUACAAGCACAAGAUCCUCCGAAAGCAAGGCACCACCAUUUAUCCGAAGUACCGCAAUUGGUACUGUACCGCCGGAGUAAGGCAGGGUAGCACAAUGAGAUUGUGGACUCCAGCUGCGUCAUUCAUCAUUCUUCUGAGUUUUCUUCAGUUGCAUCGUUCCUUUGGAUUUUUGUUGCAGCAAGCGCAGAUCAUCACACCCGCUGCUUCUACCUCUUCUCGUCUUUACUACGAUGCAACAACGCAAAGCAACCAAAACAACAAAUUAUUUGAAACUAGCCAACGCCACAUUCACGUGGGAAAUUUGGAUUGGAAUCGUUCCGUUGAUGCAGUGUCUCGAGAGCUUUCGCAGGCGAUUGCGACCAGCUGCAUUGGCAUUGAAUUGAAACCAAUAAAUUCAAACCGACCCCGAGACCGAGACAAGCGGCACGGUGGCAGUGCCGUCAUUGAGUUUGACUCGACUCAACAAGCCAGUCAAGGGUUGAAAGCCUUGAAGAUUUAUUCGGACCAAAACGGCUCCAACUAUCGCUUGAAGUACGCAGUUCUGGUGAAAGCACACGACCAUGAAAAGGUUGUUGUGACCAAAGAACAAUUGCAACGGAGACGAGAACGAACGGCAAGCUAUGGACGACGAAGAAGAAGGGUUGCGGAACGCACAGAUCAAAUUGUUGCCAAAUUACUAACAAGUCCAAUGAUGCAAACCCAUAUUCCAGUGCUACAAGCGCCUUCGUUGGAUUGGUCCAAGUGCCCUGUAGAUGUCGGGGAAACAGAUGGUGGUGGAUUGGUGGAAGGAAGCGAUCGUGCCCAACGAAAACGUGCCGCCGUCGAGGCCUAUUUGCCCAUUGUACAAGAAUUUGUGAGUGCCUGUUGUCAUCAUGGAACAACGAGGGAGAAGAAAUCCAAGAACGUCUUGGUGGCGGACAUGGGGUGCGGGACAGGGAAUCUGGCGCUCCCUCUUCAAUGGUGGCUAGAACGGCAACAGCAACAGCAGCAACGGCACGGGAAGAACAGCUACAACUACAACAUGGUAUGUGUGGAUCGGAAUCCCAAAUCUCUGGAGCGACUAGAGCACCGAGCGGCACGUGCAAACCUUUCUGUCCACGCUUUAGAGGAAGAUCUGAUGCAUUUGAUCAAUACUACUGAUGAUGAUGCCAACAAUCAGUUGUUGUCCGGUUGCAACCUCGUUGUUUCGCUGCAUGCUUGUGGAGCUGCAUCUGAUAUGGCCAUGGCGGCGGCGAUAGCACGAUCCAUUCCCUUUGCUAUUUCCCCUUGUUGCAUUGGGAAAGUCAAUAGGUGGUACUCGUCGUCGUCGUCGUCAGCAAUGAUGGUAACAGGCAUGCCCUCGCCGUUGCAUGACUUGUCCUACCCUCGCUCCAAGUGGCUUCAGGGUGCUAUUGAGUUAGAAGAGUACGAGUUGCUGGCCAAGGCAGCGGACUACGGAGUCGUUUACGACGUUUUAAAAGCUACAGACGCGGAGCUCCAACGAAGGGAUCGCUGCCGAUUGGCAAAGCGAAUUGUGGAAAUGGAUCGUUUGCGUUGGGCAGAGGAGCAUGGCUACGAAAUAGGUAUGGUGGAGCUUCCUCGAAUUGGACCCCUUUACCCAAAGCGGGAGCUCUUGUUGGGUGCACCAAAAGAUAGCUCUGCCGCUGUGAAGCUGAAAAAGCUGCAAGCAAGAUGAUGAUGGAUUAUUCCUAUGCUGUGUGGGCAUGGCUCCGAGCCAUGGUGGGGCGUGUGCUCGUGGAAUCUGGAUAUCAACCACUGGAUGCCAACCAGAUUAUGCAACAACCUCCCGCUUGACAAACAUAGCAGCACUUCGCUUUCUUUGAAAGACCUCGACCCUGAUGCCUGAAAAGUUACCCCCUCUGAGUCUCAGUGCCAAGCUUGGGGCAAAUGUAUCCACCUGUCCAAGCACUGGUCUGCCAUCCGGUGUACCAAUAUCGUACCGUACCGUAUUCGCAUAUUCAUUGGAUCUUGCCAAAGCAAACGGUGUUGCAUGCGAACCUCACGUUGUUCCAGUGGCAUUGACUAGAUUGGCGGCAAUUUCGGUGUCCAUUGGUACAGCUGUAGGUUGCUGAGACUUAGAGUAUGGCUGACCGUUCACUGGGCCUAUUCCCGGCACAUCGUCGGUCUGUGGAAUUGGGGGAAAUAGUAAUUGAAACAGCUUGGAUUUAGAUUACUCUACUGUCCUCAGUUUGUGGCCGCUGAUCCCACAUAACUCAGUCGGGAGCGAAUUCCACCUCUUCUUUGCCCAAGCCUGGCCCACCCUGGCUUCCGUAGAAAACUUCCCUACGCUAGCCAGAAUUACUGGAGUAAACCAUUCAUUGACUGAUACCACGCGGUCUUCAAUCGGUUGGCUCCGACACAUGCCGACUCUAGGAUGGGAACUACUAGAACAACCGUCGUUGGAGGUGAUUUAUCUUUGUUUGAUACAGUUUUCUUUUCCGUUGGUGCGUCUGUUGGUGGUGCUGGGUUGGUAUUUGAAGAUGGCAACUUCUCCUGGCUGGCGUUUGAUUCGGUUUAGGCCUCCGCACAUGUUGGACACAGUGGCUUCCUCAUUGUGGUCUUUGUGGCGGUUGCGGCACGUCAUGCUGGUGUGAGUGAGGUCCCAUUGGAGGCCGUGUGAGAAGCAGUAUGCCAUUAUUCCUUUUCCAUUGGAGUUUCUGACGAUGUAUGGGUUGUCCUUUUGAGGCUGACUGGCUUUGCUUGCUUGGUCGUGGAAUCCUGCCUCUUUCGUUGUGAUUGUGCGGAGGCGUUCUUUGUUGGCUGCAGUGAAGUGGAUUUUGAAGUUGUUCCAAGUAUGGUCUGCCUCUGGUUUUAAUCUCCAUUCUUUCAUAUCUCGGGGAAAUGCUCCGCUGUUUUCAAGGUUCGUCAUGGCAGACCGGACUGCGGUUUUUUCACUGAUGAUAUCAUGUUCACGUGCAAAGGCUUGUGCCUUUUCGAUUUGGUUGAAGAGUUGUUGGAUUGGUUGGGUUGGCAUCCAUGGUGCAUUCAUGCGUUUGAUGUUAUUGCUGAGGUCAUCGUCAUCAAGCUCUCCAUAGGUUUCGCGAAGAUGUUGGAUGAAGUCAAUGUACUUGAGUUGAUAGUAUCCUAAAUCUGGGUCUUCGAGUGCUUUGUAGUAUACUUCCUCAACUGCUUCCAUUGCUUUCUUUAGGAGUGCGUUUUCGGUGGAAUGGUACAGGUGGAAUUCCUGGACGUCGUAGUGGUGGUUGACUACUGCAAGACAGACUUGUGCUUCUG